AUGAACGACGAACUGGGUGGUAUCAUGCACAUUGCCAGCAACCACGAUUCUCACUCGCACAUGUGGACAGCCGAGACAAUGUCGCACUUCCUGGAAUUUCUAAAGAAGGAGCUCAGGCGCAAACGCCAGUCCCUGGGCCUGGAUGCCACGCACAAGGCACUGGUGCUGUGUGACGCCGCGUCUGUGCACUCCACUGCGCGGUUCACCAAGAUUCGCAAGACCUUCGAGAAGGAGGCAAAUGCAAUCGUGAUCCACGGCAAGGACGAGGAUGGCGACGGGCUGCACAUUCCUGGAGGCUGGGGUGCAGCGGGGGCACCCAAUGAUGCAUGGCAUCAUUUUUUUCACUCCCUUCGGCGGAGUUGGAUGCGGGUCGCAUCGGGUUCAGCAGACAUCGCAGCCUUGCGGCGAGUGUUGCACACAACUGACAUUUCCGUGGACGGCAACCCCAGAUUUGAGCCCUCUGCACGCAAUACUCAGUACUGUACAGUACAGUACACUACUGUACUGUAA